AUGAGGCUCCAGAAGCUGUACAGACGCUGUGACAACAGCAAGCUGGAAAAGGCAAGUGGCAGUGAGCAUGCGGACCUGCAAAUGAGCAGUAGAGUGAGAUAUGUAAAGUGCGACACGUUCGGAGACUUUUCGCAGGUGCCGGAAUGGAUGACGAGAUGUGAGGGCAACGAGGUGCCUCCGAGCAAGGGCAGGAGUAGCAGACAUUGGUACGAUUCUGCAUGUGCCGCUCCACUCCGCUUGAAGGUCUUCUUGUUGCGCUCGGCCCUGCGUAAGUACGUUUCCAUGCCCAAUCCUCAGCAGAAUCCUCAGAGUUUGCAUUGCCAUCAUUGUGCCUCCCCCCUGAGGCCUGACAACACACAUGAUGGCUGA